AUGUCUUCUUACGCCGCUCGCCCAACGCUUCCCUCUCUUCGCGCUCUCAAUCUUCUGCCCGAGUCUCAUCCUACUUGCUACGAUUCAUACGAACACAUGACCCAACGCACAUGGCAAUCCCAUCGACGCGUUUCGAUGUCCUCUUCUACACGAACUCCGUCCCCUUCUCCUUCCGACGCGAGUACCCAAUCGAGUCCUACGAAACUCACCUUGGUUCCCUGCGCUUUCGAGGAAGCUGAGGCGGUAAUCGUCCUCCCACCAACCACCAAGCCCGGCAAGGGCUUCCUCUUGACUGGUCAAUCGCUUGCUCAGUUACGGCUUCCGCAAAGGCAGUUGGCCAAGGAAGUCCGAGACAGAAUGCAUCCAUAUCGAUUCUCUGGACCUCGUCGUCCUUCGCCUUGA